AUGCUUUUGAACUCCUUUCGUGUUGAUCGUGUUCUUCCUUUCCACCACAAUUCCAUUCAGGAAUUGGAGGUGAUGUUUUCUCUAGGAAGGAAAAGUGAAAAACUUGGGCUGAGGAAGACGACGACGGUGACGACGGUGAAGCGAACGCCGUUUAUAACGGCGGCUCUGAGCAAGGACUUAAAGCCUGUGAAGUUUGCGUUGGUUGAGAAGCUUGUGAGGACGAAUGUGAGUGUGAAGCUGGUGGCUAUGGUUUCUGUGAGACAGCAUAAGGCGGAUGCCAGAGAAAUGGUGAAGAACGCAAUCAACAAUUUCAGGCCUCAACGCCAGAGCAAAGGUGCUGUUAUUAUGCAGCUCGUUAGCACAGAACUUGAUCACAGGAUUUUGGAACCAAGGCUGAGCAAGGAAGCUGCAUUGGAAUGGUCCAAGGAACGUAGAUUUGGAGGAGCUGAUGAGUGUGGGACCUACAAAGUGGAAUUUGAGGUUGACUCAGAAUUUGGGAUUCCUGGGGCAGUCACCAUUAUUAACAAUUAUGAAACUGAGUUCUUCCUUGAAAGCAUAACCAUCGAAAGAUGUGUUCAUUUUGCUUGCAAGUCUUGGAUUCAGCCAAAUACCAUUCUACCUCACAAGACUGUAUUCUUCACAAACAAGGCAUAUUUACCAUGUGAGACACCAAAAGGACUAAAGGGCCUAAGAGAACAAGAACUGAAGGAGAUAAGAGGUGAUGGCAAAGGAAUGAGGAUUCAUUCUGAAAACAUAUAUGAUUAUGAUGUCUAUAAUGAUUUGGGUGAUCCUGACAAAGGAGAAGAAUAUAAAAGACCAACACUUGGUGGCCUCACUAACCCUCAUCCUAGAAGAUGUCGUACUGGUCGUCCAUCUACUGCCACGGACGAGACAGCAGAAUCAAGGCUGCCUGAGUUCGAAUCAAUAUAUGUUCCAAGGGAUGAGGAAUUGGAGGAUUCGAAGAAAGAAACUGUUGACAAAGGAAAAUUCAAAGGAAGGCUCAGGAAUAUUGUUCCAUCUUUGUUAGAUAACAUUUCUGGCAGUGACAAAGUCUCGGAAAUUGACAACAUCUUUAAAGAACCAUCAAAUUUUGGAAUGAGGUCCGUAAAAUCACUGCCCAAGAUUUUCAAUAAUUUGCAAGCCAUCAUUGAUGAAUUUCUCAAAUUCGACCCUCCAAAGAUAUCUCCAAGUAACACAUCUUAUUUCUUACGAGAUGAUGAAUUUGCACGCCAAAUGCUUGCUGGUAUAAACCCUCUGAGCAUUGAAAUACUCAAGGAAUUUCCACCUAAAAGCAAGCUAGAUCCCUCUAUCUAUGGUCCACUAGAAUCAGCAGUCAAGGAAGAACACAUCAAAGAUCAUCUUGAAGGCAUGAACGUCCAACAGGCAUUGAAUGAGAACAAGUUGUUCAUAUUGGAUUACCAUGAUUUUUACCUUCCGUUCUUGGAUCGUAUAAAUGCUCUUGAGGAUCGCAAAACUUACGCAACGCGCACACUUUUCUUUCUAACACAAGUGGGCACUUUGAAACCCAUAGCCGUUGAGCUUACUCUUCCAUCAGAGGAUCUAAAUACUCCUUCAAAGCGGGUCCUCACACUUCCAAUGGACGCCACCUCCAACUGGUUAUGGCAGCUUGCCAAAGCCCAUGUUUGCUCUAACGAUGCUGGUGUUCAUCAGCUUGUGCACCAUUGGCUGCGGACACAUGCAUGCAUGGAACCAUUCAUAAUAGCCACACACAGACAACUGAGUGUGAUACAUCCAGUGUUCAAGCUUUUGCAUCCUCACAUGAGAUACACUUUGAAGAUAAAUGCAAUGGCUCGUGAGACGCUCAUCAAUGCAGGAGGCAUAAUUGAAUCAGACUUCACUCCUGGCAAAUAUUGCAUGCAAAUUAGUUGUGCUGCUUAUAGAGAUUGGUGGCGCUUUGACCUUGAGCCUCUUCCAGCUGAUCUUAUUAGAAGAGGUGUGGCAGUUCCUGAUGCAAGCCAACCACAUGGAGUUAGGCUACUUAUUGAAGAAUAUCCAUAUGCAUCUGAUGGACUUUUGAUAUGGUCGAGCAUAGAGAAGUUGGUUCGAACAUAUGUAGACUAUUACUAUAAAGAUUCAAAAGCAAUUUUUUUAGAUCACGAGCUCCAAUCAUGGUACAGAGAAUCCAUAAAUCUAGGGCAUGCUGAUCUUAAAGAUGCUCCUUGGUGGCCAAAACUUGAAACUCCUGACGAUCUUAUGUUCAUACUUUCCACAAUAAUUUGGAUCGUAUCAGCACAGCAUGCUGCAUUGAACUUUGGACAAUACCCAUUUGGAGGUUAUGUUCCAACUCGCCCACCAUUAAUGAGAAGAUUGAUUCCCAGUGAGAAUGAUCCUAAGGACUAUGCAAGUUUUGUGACGAACCCAAAGAAGUACUUUGUGUCAUCUUUACCAAGUUUAUUUCAGGCAACAAAGUUCAUGGCCGUGAUUGAUAUAAUUUCUGCACAUUCACCGGAUGAAGAGUACAUUGGAGAUAGAAAUGAUUUGUCAAGUUGGGUGGGGGAUCCUCAGAUAGUCAAUGCAUUUUAUGAGUUUUCAAUGGAGAUAAGAAGUAUUGAGAAAGAGAUUGAGAGAAGAAAUAGUGAUCCAAAGCUAAGAAACAGAUGUGGUGCUGGAGUUUCACCAUAUGAGUUGCUCAUUCCAAGUUCAGGACCUGGGACCACUGGAAGAGGAGUGCCCAAGAGUAUAACAGUGUGA